AAAAUCAGCACUUGCAGAUGGUUUCACAGACAUUUUUUGGUGAGUUGUGCCCACCCCUAUUUGAAGGGUGAAGAGGUAGCCAGGUAGCCGCUCCUUCCAGAGCCAUGUGGCUCAAGGAUCAGGCCAUGCCAGACCGAGGUCUGUUACAUGUGAGGUUGUCGCCGGUUCAUGAAGCAUGCGUCGCUGUUCUUUCUAGGCCUUGGCCUGAAGGCGGGCCAUGGCGCUUGGGUGACUUAUGACCAGCUACAAGGCGAAGCUCCGGUUGUCGACCGGCCCAAGGGCGGUGAGGCUCCAUCUCUCCUCCAAAGUCGUCAUCGUGCUAGAGCUGGACACAAGAAAAACAAGAAACGUCAUGGGCAGCGACACCAAGCAUUGCAAGCUACCGGGCAUGGUCUGGAAAUUCAGCAGGUGUCGGCGCAAAGCUCUAGGCAGAUCGAAGGAGCAGAGUCCAAUUCCAGCGGAGAACUUGGAAUCGCCUCUCAAUUGGAUGAAGCCAUGUUACAGAAGCUCGGACUCAACAAGAGCAGUUUUCAGGCGAUAGUGCUGAACCAGCAGCAAAAUGGAGAUCCCAACGUGCCACCAGUGGAGCCCAGCCCAACGCAGCUCCGUGCCGCGACAUCAUCGGAUCGUGGAUUCAACAUUUUGAAAAAGGCCUAUGAGUUUGUGAGGCCAUUUCGUGCACGGGGGGAAGAUAUGGUCGCGUCUUUGUUGAUGAUCGGAGAUGCAGAGAAUUGCCUCAUGAAGCUGGCGUACAGCACUUACAGGAUGGAUCGAGAUGGUGAGGACGACUAUCCUUACUUGCCGCGGAAGUGUCCGGCUCCCCGCAGCGGCAGCGGCAGCUUUUGGGUCCCCGUCCACGGUAGCGGUGGUCGUAUCCACCUGUCUAUCUGAGGUGGAGAUGAUUUUCGUUGGGAUACUGGCAGUUACUUCUGAGAAAAAGAGAGCUGGAAGCGUU